AUGAAAUGCGAAUUGUGUCGAAGUAAUUUUAAAAGAAAAUUACAACUCAAUGGUUAAACAGUUGAUUUGGUGGAACUAAGCAAGAGGUAAUUCCAGAGCUAUGCAGUAUUGGAAAUGAAGAAGCCAUUGCUGAAAUCAAAGGAAAGAUUGACCUAUAUUCUCAAUUUGGAAAAACUUGAAUAAUUCAAGAUUGGAAGAGCCAAUGAUAAUCAUAUUCGAUUAUGCGAUAUUAGUGUGAGUAGGUUUCAUUGCAAAUUAACUUUGCACAAUAAAGAGUUUUAUAUUCAAGACAACAAUUCUAAAUUUGGUACUCUCCUUAAGUUGAAGUAAUCGAUGCCAUUGUUGAAGGAGUUUUAGAAUGUGCAAGUUUAGGUUGGGCGAACGUUGUUUGAAUUCGAGAACGUAAGCAACGGUUACUAAUGA